AUGGUGCCCUCGCCUGUCAGUGGGAGUAGCCUCAAGCGCACUUCGCUUCAAGCUGGCUUCGAUGUGGUGGCUAGUUUGGCAAAAAGGGUCCUUAUCACGUUCCAGCCCGGCCCGAGCGCUACUUGGAUAGUGAAGGCCAGUACUUUUGCUGUCAGCGAAGGGCUAAGCCAGCUCGGCUCAGAGCGUCAGCUGGCUGGCCCCAAGAUCUUCCUGGUGGUGGGCGAAUGUGGUGAUGGGAAGAGUACGCUCAUCAAUGCCCUACGGGAUCCAUUGCGCAGUGGUGAGCCCAAGGCGGGCCUUUGCUCGCGCGGAGUCACGAAGAGCAUCGAGGCCUUUGUUGGUUUGCCAAUUGAUGGCAUGCAGGUGGACUAUCUCGAUACGCCAGGCGUAGGAGACAUGGAUGUCACUCCAAUGAAGGUGCUGACGUUGAUUGAGCAGGAGCUGAUGUCGGAUGAGAUCAACGGAGCCGAUGCCAUUGACGGCGUCAUUGUCACCACACCGGUGCCGGACGGCCGUGUGAAGCUGGGCGCACAGGUGGUUCAGUUGUUGGUGGAGCAUGGCUUCAUCGGCGAAGAUAAAUGGGAGAACAUCAUUCUCGUCGGCACGAAGCGCGACCGUGCGACGCCAGACGAGCUCGAUCUUUUUGGCACAGAUCGCUUGGACGAGGAUGGACAGCCCGUCGGGAUCGCCGCACAGUUCUUUGCCAUGGCGCCCAACAGAAAAGGCACGUUCGUGACCACUGCGAAAGACGACUACAGUGAGCUUCAAAGGGCCAUUGCAGCGCUCCCUGACAUUAAAGUGAGAUAUUCCACGCCAGAUACUGCUGAAAUGGCAGCAGUGCUCAGCGAAAAACUGGGCGUCAGCAAGGAGGUCUUCCAGAAAGAGCUAGAGGAAUCUAGAAAAGAACUCGAAAGGCGGUUGAACGCUGAGCAAGAAGAGAAGGAGAAGUUGAGAGCGCAGUGCGAGAUGGUGCAAGAGCAAUUGGAGCGUUUGGAAGGUGAAGAACACGGCCGAAGCCUGAAGCAGCAGCAGUUGCAAGAACGGCUGCGUUUGCUUGAGGCACAAAACCUCCAGUUGCCAAGCGAGAGGGACAAGUUAGAAAAGGAGAAAGAGCAUUUGCGCGGAGAAAUGGAAAGACAUCGAGAAGAACGAGAAAGUGACAACAACACCCGCAGGUUCCAAAUGGAACAGCUGCGCGCGAAGGAGGCUGAAGUGAAGGCCUUGAUGGACCAAGCGGCCUCUCGCGCACGAAACUACAAUCUGCCCAGUGGCGUCACUUCGCUGGAGACGCUCCAGCAGAAAUGCCUCCAUCCUCGCACUCGGCGAUGGGCUAAUGGCCACGGCCGUGGUGUGACAUGCAUCGACUGCAAGAAGCGCCUGUGA